ACCGUGGCAGCGCUGCACCGCGGGAGCCAAGAUGGCAGCGCACACGCUGAGGGCCCUGUGCCGGCCGCGGCUGGGGCUUCUCGCCGCCCGGUUCUCGCAGCGGGCCGCCGCCGGGACCGAGUACCGGAGCGCGUACAGCCUGGACAAGCUGUACCCGCCGCGGCAGGACGGCGGCGGCACCGGCAGCGCCGCGGAGGAGCAGCAGCCGCCCGCCCUCGACAUCCCGCUGGGUCGCCUCACCGUGACCUACUGCCGGAGCAGCGGCCCCGGCGGGCAGCACGUUAAUAAAGUGAACACCAAGGCAGAAGUUCGCUUCCACUUGGCAUCAGCAGACUGGAUUCCAGAAGCCGUAAGACAGAAAAUAGCAUCGAUGCACAGGAAUAAGAUAAACCGGGCUGGUGAGCUGAUUGUGAGCUCUGAGGAGAGUCGCUACCAAAUGAGGAAUCUGGCCAUUUGCUUAGAAAAGAUCAGAACCAUGGUCACGGAGGCUACGGAGCAGCCCAAGGUGGUGUCUAAGGAGACAGCACAGAAACUCAUAGAGAGGGUGGAAAAAAUGAACCGCGAACGACUACGACAGAAGAAGAUACACUCGAACAUAAAGCAGAGCAGGAAGGCAGACUUCGACUGAGAGAGCAGAGACCCAAGCCUUCAGCAUACCAUCUUCAUAAAGAAAUGGCGUUGGCAGCUGUAGAUGGUGCUAAACUUAUGAGCUGUUUUUAACAAAAAUGGUCUGAAAGUGUAAAUAAAAAUAUAUAACAUCUCCUUUUGAAUUG